AUGGCCCGACAGGAGCGUGUGUCCGUGUGCGUGGUGGGCGCGGGCCCGGCGGGGCUGUGCGCGGCGCGGCAGCUGGCCGCGCACCGCGCCGCCUUCGCCUUCGACGUGUUCGAGAGGGCCGACCAGCCGGGCGGCAUGUGGCUGUACACCGACCGCACGGGCACCGACGAACACGGCCUGCCCGUGCACUCCAGCAUGUACAAGAGCCUCCGCACCAAUUUCCUGCAGGAAGUCAUGUGCUACCCGGAUUAUCCGUUUCCGGAAGCCGACGACAACUCGUACCCCUCGCAUCGAGUUGUCUUGCAGUACCUCCAGGAUUUCGCUGCUCAUUUUAAGCUUCAUCAGUAUAUUCAAUUUAAUACUGUUGUAAAAGCAGUGACGCCACGGGCUGCUGAUUCUGAUAAGGCUUGGUCUGUGCUUUUGCAAAAUUUAAAAACGAAAGAAGUGUUUGUAAAAUUUUAUGAUGCUGUAAUGAUUUGCUCUGGCUACAAUUCAACUCCGUAUAUACCAACUAUAAUGGGGAUUGAAGCAUUCAAAGGGAAUAUAAUGCAUUGUCAUGAUUACAGAGAUCCGGAACGUUAUAAAGAUCUAACUGUCGCGAUUCUUGGGGCUUCGUUCUCUGGUAAGGAUAUGUCGUUAGAGAUAGCGACAGUUGCAAAAACAGUUUAUCUAAGUCAUAGUUUGGCACCGAUUGAGUACAAAAUGCCAAGUAAUAUCCAGCAAGUUACAAGUAUCAAAGAAGCAACAGCGGAUGGUUUCAUUCUGGAAGAUGGCUCGUCUAUUAAAGCUGAUGCUCUAUUGUACUGCACGGGCUAUAAGUAUGAUUUGCCAUUUUUAAAUUCCGAAUGUGGAAUCUCUGUCAGAGGCAAAAGAAUAACACACCUGUACAGACACUUAAUCAACAUCAAGUAUCCAACAAUGGCAUUAGUUGGAAUACCAUUCAUUUUCAUUCCUUUUCCAUUCUUUUAUUAUCAAGUAGCAUACUUUUUGAAGUCUCUCAGAAAACCCUCUAUUCUGCCCAGCACAGAGGAAAUGUAUGAAAGUGAGGAAAAAGAUUUUCAAGAGAGACUCGCCAUGGGAUAUCCUCCAAGACAUGCACAUAAAAUGGGACCUCUGCAAUGGGAAUAUGAAAACACGCUUGCAGACAUACUGGGAAUUCAAAGAAUUCCUCCUAUGUACAGAGAAUUAAAUGAAAUCAACACAGAACACAUGAAGGAUUUCCCUACAUUCAGGAACUAUUGUCACAAAGAAAUUUACAAGAAAAAGCUGGAAUUAAGUGAAAAUCAAUUUACUUUUAAUAUAGAAGAUCUACAGCUGUAAAAAGGAAAAAUAGAGAUUGAAGAAAAGAAUACUGGUGAAAUGAGAAGGAAAUAUAUUUUCACUGUUCAUGUUUACGAUUGAUUGAAAUACAUUUUGAAUUGUAAGUGGAAAAAUAAAUGGUUUUACUCCUUAUCUGUUGUUUUCUUCCACAAACUGUUAGAGAACACGCAUUGUUUCUUUUCAGUGGCGUAACCAUUUCGGGUUUUAUAGUAGGUUUUUUCUCGGGUCCCUUUAAGGUAUUCAUCGUAGAUUU